AUUGCUAUAAAUGGCAAUUCUAGGUGAACAAAGGACAUGUUGUUUGGAAGGCUGAUGCUCUGGUUAGAGAGUCAAGGAAAUAUUUUUCUUCUAAAUUAUUUAUUCUUUAGAGCAAUUGAGUGAAGUAUGAUUUUAUGAUGAAAUUUAUCUUUCUCUCCAAGUUCUCCAAAAUUUGGAAACCGAAACCGGAAUCAUGGUAUUCUCAAGACUAGAGAUGCAAAUCUCUCAUUUGGGAUCCCACUGGGCAUGAUCUAUUUUUCACUGCAAAUGCCCUGCUGUUAAGACUAUACAGGUACCCUUCCUCUAGGUCUAUGGGCUGUUGCAGACGAGAUGUUUCUAUUGGCAAUAACGUGUGCAUAUGUAUCCAAAACACUCUCUGGAUCUUAUAUGAAUUCCAUGCUCACACAAAUAGAGAGACAAUUCAACAUCCCAACAUCUCUAGUUGGAUUCAUUAAUGGAAGCUUUGAGAUUGGAAAUCUUUUGUUGAUUAUAUUUGUGAGUUAUUUUGGAACCAAACUGCAUAGACCUAUAAUGAUUGGCACUGGAUGUGUGGUUAUGGGCUUAGGCUGUUUCUUAAAAUCACUACCUCAUUUCCUCAUGAAUCGAUAUGAAUAUGAAUCUACAGUUUCAGUUUCAGGCAACUUGUCCUCAGGCAGUUUCUUGUGUAUGGAAAAUGGAACCCAGAUUUUAAGAUCAACACAAGAUCCAUCAGAGUGUACAAAGGAAGUUAAAUCAUUAAUGUGGGUGUAUGUCCUGGUAGGAAAUAUUGUACGUGGAAUGGGCGAAACUCCCAUCAUGCCUUUGGGUAUUUCCUAUAUAGAAGAUUUUGCCAAAUCUGAAAAUUCCCCUUUAUAUAUUGGGUUUGUAGAAACAGGAGCUAUUAUUGGUCCUUUGAUUGGACUUUUGCUGGCAUCAUUCUGUGCAAAUGUUUAUGUUGACACUGGAUCUGUGAACACAGAUGAUCUGACCAUAGCUCCUACUGAUACUCGUUGGGUUGGUGCAUGGUGGUUUGGCUUUCUGAUUUGUGCAGGAGUUAAUGUGCUCACUGCCAUUCCUUUUUUCUUUUUGCCCAAAACACUUCCAAAGGAAGGACAGGAGGAUAAUGCUGACAUCAUUAAAAAUGAAAAUGAAGAGAAAAAAAGAGAAGAGGUCAAGAAGGAAAAAAAUGGAAUCACUAAAGAUUUUUUACCAUUCAUGAAAAGUCUUUCCUGCAAUCCAAUUUACAUGCUUUUCAUACUUAUAAGUGUGAUACAGUUUAAUGCAUUUGUUAACAUGAUCUCCUUCAUGCCUAAAUACCUGGAACAGCAGUAUGGAAAAUCAUCUUCGGAUGCGAUCUUUCUAAUGGGUGUUUAUAACUUACCUCCAAUAUGUGUUGGAUAUAUAGUUGGUGGUUUAAUUAUGAAGAAGUUCAAGAUUACUGUCAAACAAGCUGCCCACAUAGGAUGUUGGUUAUCCUUACUUGAUUAUCUUCUCUAUUUUUUAUCUUUUCUCAUGACUUGUGAAAAUUCUUCAGUUGUUGGAAUAAAUACCUCUUAUGAAGGAAUUCAGCAAGAUUUAUAUGUGGAAAAUAACAUUUUUGCUAAUUGCAAUGCGGAUUGCAACUGUCCAACUAAAAUAUGGGAUCCUGUGUGUGGAAACAAUGGCUUGUCUUAUCUGUCGGCUUGUCUUGCUGGUUGUGAGACAUCCCUUGGAGCGGGAAUAAACAUGGUGUUCCAAAAUUGCAGCUGUAUUCAAACAUCAGGAAAUUCAUCUGCAGUUCUUGGGCUGUGUGACAAAGGACCUGACUGUUACAUGAUGCUCCAGUACUUCCUAAUCUUGUCAGCAACAAGCAGUUUCAUUUAUUCUUUGGCUGCCAUACCUGGAUACAUGGUUCUCUUGAGGUGUAUCAAAUCUGAAGAGAAGUCCCUCGGUGUGGGAUUGCAUACAUUUUGCACAAGAGUAUUUGCUGGCAUUCCUGCACCUAUAUAUUUUGGUGUUUUAAUGGACUCCACAUGUUUACAUUGGGGAACUUUGAAAUGUGGUGAGUCAGGGGCAUGCAGAAUAUAUGAUUCUGCCACCUUCAGAUACAUCUACCUUGGAUUGCCGGCAGCACUAAGAGGAUCAAGCUUUAUUCCAGGAUUAAUCAUCCUUAUUCUUUUGAGGAAGUGUCAUCUACCUGGUAAAAAUGUCUCUUCAGGAACUGAGCUUAUAGAGACAAAAGUCAAAGGAAAGGAAAAUGAGUGCAAAGAUAUAUACCAAAAGUCCAUGAUUUUGAAUGACGAUGAAUUGAAAACUAAAUUGUAAUUGCCCUAUUAUAUUACUUUUUUCAGAAUUGGAGAACAUGCUAUACAACUUAAUUGUUUCAAAAAUUAGUAGAGGUACUAUAGAUAACUUUUUCUUGUCUUUAAGAACCUCAAAAAAAUGUCUUAACUCAAAAUAAUAACAUAUUCACUAAUGAUAUUUCUAAGGUAUCAAUGACACGAGUUUUCUUAGGAGGAACAUCUAUAACAACUCCCUAAAGAAGAUCCUUACAGCCAGCUUUAUUUUUAUGUUGAAACAGCAAUUUCUUUAAUUCAUGCAAAGUAAGGGUGUACUUCCUACAUCUUUUCCAAAUAGUUCUAAAAAUUUUCUGUUAUGAAAGCCUGUUUAAUUCCAUUGAAUCUCUGCCUUGAUAUUGGAAUUAUUCAGAUGCUUAAAUUCUUGUUCUGCUUAUGUCAAGAUUUAACUAUUUUAUUCAAGUUUAUCACUUCCAUUUGAGAGAAGCCUAGAUCUUCUUAUUCUAUUUAGAAAUUGUUCUUUAACUCUUCUCAUUCAUUCUAGACAUGACUCAUAUGAUAGAUUACUCAUAAAUAUACCCUCCUGCUUUCAAUUUUUUUCUCUUCUUUAUUACUCAUGUUAUACAUUUGCUCAAUUUGUACAGAAUACUGACAAACUUAAUCAGGUUAUUAAAAAUCAUGAGGCAAAGAUUGUUGGAUUUUUUUCAGCAAUUCAAACCUGGGGACUAAAAUCUUUCUUAAAAACAAGUGUCUGAAUCAAAGGAUGAAAGGCCAGUAUUAUAAAAACUCCAGCUCUUAAAGGCCAUUUGUAAUGUCAGAUAUUGUCAAAGAACCACUUUCUCAGAUUCAGGACUCUUUAGACCAAUGUUUCUUCCACCCAUUGUGUCCUAAGGUAGAACACAAACAUUAAUUUUCCAAAAAUAAUCUUAGACAAUAAAACUUCAAAAAAGCAGCUUCUGUUAUGAAACCGAGGUUAAUAAAGGCUAAGAUAAAUAUUGAAAGCUAAAUCUACUCAUAUUAUUAUUUUGUAAAUUAUGGAUAAAAUUAAAAAUUGAAGGAUUUUAGAUGUAGAAGACUUGCUGAUUAAUAUAGGGCUUCUGGUAAAAGAGAGUAGAAUGAACAGACAAAUUUCUGUUUGUCUACUCUUUAUUCUCCCUCCUGCUGAAAUGACCGUCAAUAUAUAAGAAUGACAUAAAUCCCUAUUGGAUGAAGAGACUGGAGUAAGGAAGGGUGGGAGAAGUGGGUGUUAAUAUGCUAUGGUUAUUUAUGUGUACUGUAAAUGGAAUGAGAGUGUCUGCAGGGAUAGAACAGAAUGGAGGAAGCUGGAAUACAGAAUGCGCCUAGAAGGAGACUGGAAUGGAGGUAUGAAACAGUUGCCAGUUCAGAGUGUGUGUUGGUAGCUGGACAGAAAGCAGGCCAGUUAAUUGAAAGACUUUGUAUAGAUGCUUUACAGGUUAAUAUGAUUUCCCAAAUGAUUGGAUGCGUCAUAUGAAACAAGAAAGCCGGCGUGGCUAAGCAAAGUGUUUUGAGCUGCAUAUGCGUGCUUGAUAAUUGCUCCUCAUGUUCUGAUAAUCAGAGAGCAUUUUCACAGGGCUGUGGAUACUUGCAUGUGUAAUCUCACUGGGAGCUAAUAGAAAGGCUAGGACCGAACCUAUGUGUUUAACUGAGAUGAGAAAGACUGUUUGGAACAGGUUUAGAGGGAAGAAUGAAAAUUUCAGUUUCAGUUUCAUGAAGUUUGAGACUUCAUCUCUGGGCAUAUUAAAAACAACCAUGGUUCAAGCUAAGACUGACCUUGAAACAAGAGAGAGGAAUUAAAAUCAUUGGAAAGGGGGAGUUUAACUUUGAUGUAGGUAUGACUGCAGCAGUGAGGUAUUGUAUUAAGAUUUGAUGACAUAAAAUUUGGAGCCAUUUUCUUUGUGCUGGGAGGAAGUGAGGAGAAUGGUCUGGAAACUAAAAUGAGGAGAAAGGACUUACCUAUAUUCAUAGGGCAGCAAGAAAAAGUUAACAGCCACUGCAUGAGCAGGUUUCAGGGGAAUCAGAUUUUGCUGAGUGUGUAACAGUGAAGAGAAUGCUCAUUUAUGAACUGGAAUCUGAGAUAAAAAGUAUAGAAUAGGAGGUAUACAGAGGUUAGACUUAUGGAAAUUAGAAGAAGGGGAAUGAGAGAUAGCUUGGAAUUCUGUGGUUAUUUAGGUGACUGACAUAAAUGGGGGCAGAGGACAUAAUGAGGUCAGUUCUUAUGGAUUCAAGGCAGAUAGUGUUGGUGAGACCAUGAGUGUCAAAAUUGGGGAAGCGGUGACUGGGCUCCCUGGUGACCCCUUGUCAUGGAGGAAAACUGAAUAAGCAAAAACUAACUCAAACUCCUGAGGCCCAUUCAUCAUCCCCUUUGAUAGAUUUGAGGUGAUCUGAGGAAGCUGAGUCUUACUUUGUGCACAAUUUAUCCACUUGAACUCCCUCAAUGGAGCAUCACAGGCUCAGAGAGACAUGGAUGUCGACUUAGUACCUUGGCCUCACUUUUAUGCCCUCAUGGAGGAGAUGGAAUUUUACUCUGAAAGCGUAGGGUUCUCCUUAGACACUUCUUAGUGGGGGAAAACAGGUCAGUGAAAGUGAGUAUUGGGAGUGCUUUGGGAUCCCUCGUGAUCUCUGUUGUUGGCAUACAUGAAGCCUGGGAGUCAGUUCUUAUUCUGAGCACUUGUACUACCCACACGAGGGUAGAGAUAAUGGCAUAGCAGACAGACAUGAAGAAGCGAAAAAAGAGAACAGGUAGUGAGUAGUCGAGUCAGUAAUUCUCUUACUUAAUAUUGUGGGGAGUAUAAAGUUAAUGAAACUAAAAACAGUGGUUUAAUAUAUUAUGUAUAAUUCAAAAAUUAACCUGUAUUUAUAGAUGCUUACACAGUUUCUUUGUGUUAAGCCACUUACGGUUUUAUCUUAAUUAAUUAAUUUUUUAUUUCAAAGCAAUGAAAUGUUGCUUUGUGGAGUCAGUUAGCAUUAUACCAGGUAAAUGGAUUUCUGCUAGAUCUCCCAUUGUUGGGGAGAUGCUGGAACACCCCAGAACAUGCACACCCUUAAGGUUCAAGGGCUGGGGUUGAGCUCCACAUAAGAGACUUUUCCUUCUCCCAAGGGCGAUCAUUAUGUAGGCAGACGUGGAGACAGAACCAGAAUGACUUCCUUGUGUGGAAAUAGUGCCAUCAAAAACUAUUAUUUUUAUGAAAUAAAUACUGAGAAGAUACUCCUCCUCCUAAAAUCAUUAACUUCUCAAAUGAUUUUAAGAAAUUUGAGUCACGGCACAUGAGGUGAUAAAGACCCUUGGUCUUUCUGGUAUAUUAGAAAAGCCUUUUAAUUAGUCUCUGGAAAGACACUAGGGAUUGCAGCUGAAUAAAUAUACUAAGAAUAACAAAUCAGUUUAACACUGAGUAGAGUCAGAGCUGAGAUUUUCCAUGAAAAUCCUCUUAUGUCUCUACUAACAAUAAAGAAGACAAGACAAAAACUAAGUAGCUAAACAAAAGCUCGAAAUGUGUAACCAGAAUGUUAUGUAACCAGAGCUUUUAGAUCAGAUACUGGCUGAUUCAUAGGUGAACCCCUCUUUGUGGGUUCUCUCAUACACCCCAAUUUUCAGAAUGUAAAUAAUUUGACUCUGUAGCCCUUCCAGAAAGGGUACUAUGCCACUUCUGGCAUAAAUCAUACACUGAGUAAACAUUAAUCAUCUAAAAAUCACUCGUGCUCCUUCAACCAAGGUCAUUACCAGAGAAAGCUCUGAGUGGAAGAGGUUGUAGAUGUUAAGAGAGUAUAAUUUCUAUAUGGGAAAAUGCAGAAAUUGACAGAAUGGUUCUUAUUUACUGAGCCUGGAGAAUUCUUGUUCUGGCAUUUUUAGAUCCCUCAAAUUUAUUACCAAGGGGGAAAGAAAAAAGAGGCAACCAGGCACUAGGCUAAGCUCUUGUUUGCUUGCCAAGGAACUAGAGAGUACAGGUUUCAGGCCCCCUUGAGGAAAUCCUCCCGAGCCCUUAGCCAGGAGAAGACUUCCCAACAUGGAGAAACUACACCAGUGUUUAAAAGUGUCUAGCUUGGGGGAACAAACUUGAGGAUCAAGGGCAGAUGAUUGGUAAACACAGUCCUGUGCAGAGGGCUCCUUCAGCAGGCAUCCCCUGUGACUCAAACACAGUGAACAUCUUCUACUUUCUGGCCUUACACCAUCAAUGCAUCCAGCUGCAGUCCAUCUUCAAACCUGGAAUCCAUCUCCUGACUUCGCAGCCAGACCACCCUCCACCCCGUCACUGUGUCCCACCCUGCCCAGAAUGCAUGCUGUUCUCCCAGAGUCUCAUGGAAAUGAGGCCUUGCACUGAAAUAGGAUGUGGGAAACAAAAGGAUGAGCGGGUCUGGAGCAGUCUGUCAUGGUAGCAGGUGAAAACAACCUGUGGAAAAACACAUGAGCUCAUUAGGAAAUAAUGUGACCGACCCCCAGUUGGUGAAGCACUAGAAUGCCUAUUAUCCUCAUACAAUUGGUGUUUAUCUUAAUACAACAGAGCUACCAUACAAAGCUUCCCUCCAUGUGAAAGCCUUCAGAUAAAAUUCUGCCAUCCCUCCUCUCAUAUCCUCCUGUUCGGACCCACCUCCAUGCCCCCAAACCAAUCUGCAUCAUUAAGAUGGGCAGUGCCUCCAUUGUCACCAUCCCCCUCAUCCCUGCACAUCUCUGCCCCUUCCCCUCUAGACUCCACAACUUCACAGUCUUACUGUUGUAAAUAUUCCUGUAGAGUUAGUAAUGAUCAAAUGAUCCUGUUUUCAGAGGCCUUUUUAUUGGUGUCUUCUUACCCUUAAGAAAGGCCAUGAAAUCCAAAAGGACAACGUUUCAAGGAGAGCUUUGGAGUCAUUUCUGUGUGAGACACUAUUGCAUAUUCCUGUAAGAUUGCUUUUUUAUCUAAGGAAUGAUGUUGUUUAACAAAUGAACACACACAAAAAAGAAUUGCAAAUAAAUUUCUUAACAAUGU